AUGUCCUCGGAAGAAAUGAAAAACCUCCAUCUGGAAGAACGGCACCCGGAGCCAGAAACCAAAGAGGUGAAUGGGAUCCUCAUGUCCAAGAUGAUAAGUGAUAAUUGGGACAAAAUCUGGAACUUCCAAGCAAAGCCAGAUGACCUCCUCAUUGCAACCUAUGCAAAGGCAGGGACCACCUGGACACAGGAAAUUGUGGACAUGAUCCAAAAUGAUGGGGAUGUGCAAAAGUGCCAGCGUGCCAACACCUUUGACCGUCACCCUUUCCUCGAGUGGACUUUGCCUCCACCCCUCAACUCGGGUCUGGAUCUGGCUAACAAAAUGCCUUCACCUCGAACCCUGAAGACUCAUCUUCCUGUUCAGAUGCUGCCCCCUUCCUUCUGGAAAGAAAACUCAAAAAUUAUCUAUGUGGCCAGAAAUGCCAAGGACUGCCUGGUAUCUUACUACCAUUUCUCAAGAAUGAAUAAAAUGCUGCCUGACCCUGGUACAUGGGAAGAAUACGUUGAAACAUUCAAAGCUGGCAAAGUGCUGUGGGGCUCCUGGUAUGACCAUGUAAAGGGAUGGUGGGAUGUGAAAGACCAGCACCGCAUUCUCUACCUCUUCUUUGAAGACAUGAAAGAGGACCCAAAGAGAGAAAUUGAGAAGAUUGUAAAAUUCCUGGAAAAAGACAUAUCAGAGGAAGUUCUAAAUAAAAUCAUCUAUCAUACCUCCUUUGAUGUAAUGAAGGAAAACCCGAUGGCCAACUAUACCACUCUACCCGCCAGCAUCAUGGACCACUCUAUCUCCCCUUUCAUGAGGAAAGGGAUGCCUGGAGACUGGAAGAACUACUUUACUGUGGCACAAAGUGAAGCUUUUGAUGAAGACUACAAAACAAAGAUGGCGGGGAGCACUAUUACUUUUCGCACAGAGAUCUGAGCGCAAUGGAGUUGGGGCAGGGGGAGGGGAGGUAGAUCUUCGGACUAAAUCUUUUAGCCAUUUGAGAUUCAUAUUAAAAUAUAUUUAACAUCAUUUCUCUAUCCCUGAGCUGUUGGCCAAUUCUGUAGGUCCUAUCAUACUAUUUCAUCGAAAUGUAAUCAAACCCUGUACAGAAUGACUUCUGUUACAGUAUGUGAUAAUUUUCACUGAUACCUACUACACAACCAUGGAAUUUAAUGUGCUUAGGCAAAACUCAUGAAUAGACAUACAUGAUAACAGGAUUUCAACAUAAGAAAAUAAACAAGAAAAGCAAAGAGAAUGAGAAAUGAGCGCUGAAUAUAAAUU